UGGCUAAAAAAUCCUGGCCCCCAACAUGAGAAACGGACUUUGUUUGGGGACAUGGUGUGCUUCUUGUUUAUAACGCCAUUGGCUACUAUCUCCGGCUGGUUAUGUCUGCGGGGAGCAGUGGAUCAUCUGCACUUUAGUAGUAGGCUAGAAGCUGUUGGGCUCAUUGCACUCACUGUCGCACUCUUCACAAUUUACCUCUUUUGGACACUAGUAUCCUUUAGGUAUCACUGUAGAUUAUACAAUGAAUGGCGUCGGACCAAUCAAAGAGUUAUCCUUCUCAUCCCAAAGUCUGUCAGCAUCCCUUCUACCCAGCAAUCCUUGCUGGGCCUGCAUUCAGUCAAAAGGAACUCAAAAGAGACCAUUGUCUAAUUGUGAAAAUCUUUUCCAGAGGCCAUGAACUACAUAUGGUAGCAUCGUAGUUGGAAAGACACUUUUUGUAAAAGAAAAGACACGACUGUUGCAAUUUAAAUCAUGGAUGCUGCAAUCAUAUGAUAUUUGCUAAGCUGCCAAACAUGUCUAAAAUUUAGCAGAUACUGUAUGGAAUUUUCCAACACAUGUUGAUAGCUGCAUCACUAGGGAUGCAACUCUUUUCUAAUUGUGAUUAAAAACUAUGAUGGCAAACACUGCAAAA